UGGCUGUACAGCUGGCAGCGGCCAGAACAAUCUGGUGUCUUUGAAGAUGCUGGACUGACUCUGACAACUAGCAGUAAUCUCAACACCAAACAAAGAUCAGAUGCAAAGUGUCCUCAGCCUGCCAAUCGGAGGUGUCGCAGCUCUGUUUCCCUGCUUGACAGCAAGGCAAGCAAAGGUGAUUUUGAAGAUGAAUUCUUUGGCGAUGACAACAUCAUCUCAAGGUCUGAUUUUCCCGAGAGUUGGUUGUGGCUAACGGAGAACCUGAAUGCACCACCUAACAGUCAAGGGAUUUCAAGCAAAACACUGUCUUUUAAUGUGAAGGCGUCCAUCACAACCUGGAAGGUGCUGGCUGUGAGCAUUUCACCCACCAAAGGGAUCUGCGUGGCUGAACCUUAUGAAAUAACAGUCAUGAAAGACUUCUUCAUUGAUCUUCGACUGCCGUAUUCAGUAGUGAAGAAUGAGCAGGUGGAGAUUCGAGCUGUUCUGUACAACUACGCUAAUAAUGAUAUUUAUGCAAACUUUGUGUAUUUCCAACGCCAAGCCACAGCAUUUUCUAACUAAUAAUAAAGUGCCAAUGAUGGAGGUAAGAUGGCAG